AUGGAUAUUGGAUUGGAUGAGGCGGCUGUUGUCGUUUUCUAUGCUUGGUAUGGCUUUCCGCACGGACUGCGUGAGCUGACGAUGCUUCGGACCAUGCUCGGCGAGCGAUACGGCAAGGUAGUUCAUGACAUUGGCAGAGGAAAACAAGGUAGAUACUGUCAAGGUACCAGAUCGACUUCUGAAGUCAUUGCGCGUGCGCCCAUCUGGGUAGGAUUUGGUGUAGAGCUACCUUCGCGAGAUCGCAAGGCAUACGGUGUUGACUGGCCGGAGGAGGACAUUCUGGAUUCGCAGGAAGAUUUGGGAAGUGCGCGUCCAGAAUUCGUGAAAGAUACCACUCCAGGUGAUGGCGACAAUAAUCAGGAGGGCAAUGUGCCAGCAACCCCUACAAAGCCGCGUGCAGAUAUCACCGAGUCUAGGCGCGCCUCGGAGACAAGUGAACUCAGCAAAGCGACGCCUCCACGAGGUCCUGCGGCUGGUCGGAGUCCUGUCAGUGUUGCUCCACCGGCACCCAGGACUGAUAAUCCAAACCCGCACGUUAACGUCCCGGGAUCGGAAGGCGACGGUUCUGCGAACACUACUUCAGAUGCAGCAGGGUCAGGUUCGCAGGGGAAAAGCAAUAACGGCGGGAUACCGGAACUGGAUGAAUUGACGCGGAGGUUUGCAGACCUCAAGAGAAACCAGCUUCCCGGAGGAGACCUUGCACCAACACCCCAUUUCUUUUCUAGUAAAUCGGAAAGAUCGUGUCCAUGGACUUGGAGGAUUUCAUCCUGUCUUUUCUCAUUGCGGAACCUCGGAGUUGGAGACCUUUCUCAUCUGCAAAAUGACCGUUCUGAUUUCCCCAAGCUCUUGCACUGUACAUACUCUUGGGCGUUUUGUUCAUUCGGCGUGGCGCUUGUUAGUUGGGUUUUAUAUUGA